UGCACCCUCAAUCCACCAGAAACAUGGGCUGCUGUGGCUGCUCUGGAGGCUGUGGCUCCGGCUGUGGGGGCUGUGGCUCCAGCUGCUGUGUGCCCAUCUGCUGCUGCAAGCCUGUGUGCUGCUGUGUGCCAGCCUGUUCCUGCACCAGCUGUGGCUCCUGUGGGGGUUCUAAGGGGGGCUGUGGCUCCUGUGGGGGCUCCAAGGGGGGCUGUGGCUCUUGUGGCUGCUGCCAGUCCAGCUGCUGCAAGCCCUGCUGCUCCUCAGGCUGUGGGUCCUCCUGCUGCCAGUCCAGCUGCUGCAAGCCCUGCUGCUCCUCAGGCUGUGGGUCCUCCUGCUGCCAGUCCAGCUGCUGCAAGCCCUGCUGCUCCUCAGGCUGUGGGUCCUCCUGCUGCCAGUCCAGCUGCUGCAAGCCCUGCUGCUCCUCAGGCUGUGGGUCCUCCUGCUGCCAGUCCAGCUGCUGCAAGCCCUGCUGCUCCUCAGGCUGUGGGUCCUCCUGCUGCCAGUCCAGCUGCUGCAAGCCCUGCUGCUCCUCAGGCUGUGGGUCCUCCUGCUGCCAGUCCAGCUGCUGUGGCCCCGUGUGCUGCCAGUGCAAGAUCUGAGGCUCUGGCCGCAGACUGCAGGUGGCUGACUGGGAGGGCCAGGCUGCCCAGCUUCCUUGCUCUGGGCUCUCUGGUGCCCACUGUCUCCACGUUGUCCUUCCUGUCUUCAUCCACUCCGCACCAGAGCUCCUGAAAUGGACUGGGUGUCCCUUCUGGCUCAGUGCCCAUGACUUCUCCUGAACUUCCUCUCCUUGCUCCUCACUCAUUUAAGAUCCAAAGUGGCCCCCGGAGGCCCCAGAGGCGGCUAGACCCCUUAGAGCCUGACAGCUGCCCCUUCCUCCAGGCGUGUGGUCAGCCCUAAUCCCUCUGGCUCUCUGUCUAUCCAGACUGAAUCCCGACCCUCUAAAUAAACAAAGUCUCUCAG